AUGUCAUCUUCGCAGACGUUUCUUCCGUCGUCUCCACUAGUAGGUGGCAUACGGAAGAAAUCGAAGUUUACUUACAGACAACUGCAUCUACUGAGCCAAGCGUCGGUGAGCUGUCCGCUGCGCUGUAUCGCGUUGAUCGACUACGAUGCUUUCUACGCACAAUGUGAAAUGGUGCGUCUAGGGGUGGCCGAAACGCAGCCACUGGCCGUGCAGCAAUGGCAGGGCUUGAUCGCGAUCAAUUACCCGGCGCGUGAGUUCGGGCUCAAUCGACAUGUUACUGUCACGGAGGCGAAGACCAAAUGUCCCGAGAUCGUCGUGCAGCAUGUCGCGACGUGGAGGGAAGGGGACGAUAACUGGGCAUAUCGGGACGACGCGGCAAAGCACAUCCAGACAGACAAGGUGUCUCUGGAUCCGUACAGACUCGAGUCGCGAAAGAGUCUUGCGCUGGUCAAGGAGAUCUUGCCGCCCGCUCCGAUCCAACGCGUCGAGAAGGCCAGUAUCGACGAAGUGUUUCUGGACCUCUCGGCGCAGAUCCAUCAAAUCCUCCUCGAGCGGUAUCCGGAAUUGCGCCACGCACCGUACGACGAUCCCACAGAGAGACUGCCCCUCCCACCCUCGACCGCGCUGGACUGGCAGGCCGAUGCACUCAUCGACCUCGACACGGCGGAGACUGAACAUGACGACCCAGACUGGGACGACGUGGUCAUGAACAUAGGAUCAGAGAUCGUCCGAGGAGUCCGAACGGAGAUCCGAGAGAAAUUGUACUACACAUGCUCGGCCGGCAUUGCGCGCAACAAAAUGAUGGCAAAGCUUGGUGCUGGCUACAGGAAGCCGAAUCAACAGACCAUAGUACGCAACCGAGCCGUGCAGCAUUUUCUUUCGGGAUUCAAGUUUACCAAGAUCAGAAAUUUGGGAGGCAAGCUGGGCGAUCAAAUUGUGGAGGCAUUCAAUACGGAGGAAGUCACUGAGCUGCUCAAAAUCCCUAUCGAGCAGAUGAAAUCGAAAUUCGGUGAUGAGACUGGCACAUGGCUACACAGCAUUAUUCGCGGCGAGGAUAACAGCGAGGUCAAUUCAAGAACACAGAUCAAGUCGAUGCUUUCGGCCAAGUCGUUUCGACCCAGUAUCAACAACACAGAUCAAGCGAAUAAAUGGUUAACGAUCUUUGUUGCGGAUAUCUAUGCUAGACUUGUGGAAGAAGGGGUGGUUGAGAACAAGAGGCGUCCAAAAACCAUCACUCUCCAUCAUCGACAAGGCGGGCAGACCAAGUCGAAGCAACUACCUAUUCCCAUGGGCAAGAAGAUUGACCAGAUGAUCCUUUUGGACCUCGCAAAGACAUUGUUGGGACAAGUCAUCGUCGAUGGACGAGCAUGGCCUUGUGCGAAUCUGUCUUUGAGUGUUGGAGGGUUUGAAGAUGGUGUUUCCGGUAACAAAGGCAUCGACACCUUCCUUUUGAAGGGGGACGAAGCGAAGGCUGCAAUGGAUGCACCACUUCGAACUAACGCCACCACACCAGUUCAAGAAGAACAGUAUCCGACAAAGCGUCGACGCCUCAACGACCCACCCAGCAUCACUCGGUUCUUCCAGAAAGGUGAGAGCACGGGUGAAGGUGACGAUCAGUCUUCGGACGCCAUGGUUGAUGACACAGCCCAAAAAAAUGAUCCUCGUGCCGAUGAAGAGGCUGAUAUUUCGAUUCCUCCAGCACUGCAGCAGUCGGAUAUUGCUUCAUAUUUUUGCAAAGCAUGUCAAAGAUCCGUACAUGAGACCGACAGGCCUGAACAUGAGGACUGGCAUUUUGCCAAAAGCCUCAUUGAACAAGACAAGAAAGUCGUCACAGGUCCAACCAAUAGCCGUCCUCCCGGCCCGCAGAGUACGAAGCCCAAGCGUGGUGAGGCCAGCAGUCGAGGGAAGGGCUCGAAGCCGGAGAAGGGUCAAAGCCGGCUGACAUUCAAGUAG